GGCUUGCCUCCCGCCGUCGCCUUCAUUACCAGCCUCCCAGCCCUCUAGCUUCCCCCGUCCGGGCCACCUAUCCCGCCAAAAUGCCCGCCCCCAAAACGAAAACCGGCGCCGCCAACGGCAGCGCGAAGGGAAAGACCUCCACGCCCGCGUCGACGAACGGCACGUCGACGCCCGUGCCCCACGACACGUCGGCGGACGCGAAAACGCCCGCGGGCAAGCCGGACAAGGCGGCGUACGAUGCGGAGCAGGAGAACAUCAAGAAGGAGAUUGAUGCGCUGCAGCUGAAGCUGAACGUUGUGCGCGACAAGAUUGGGGGCGCAUCGGGAAAGGGGACGUUGAAUGAACGCAGGAAAGUGCUGCGCGAUGAGCUGGACGAGAUCCGCGGGCAGCAAAGCGACAACAAGGCUUCGCGCGGCAAGAUUCUCGACCAGGUGAAGACCAUCCAGGACGGUAUUCAGAAGAAGAUCAAGGACCUCAACGCUGCUAAGCAAAAGGCGCCCUUCAAGACCGUCGCCGAAGUCGACACGCAUGUCCGGAACCUCGAGAAGCAAGUCGAGUCUGGUAACAUGCGCGUCGUCGACGAGAAGCGUGCGCUGCAGGAGAUCCAGCAACUGAAGCGCAGCCGCCGCACGGUCGAGAGCUUCCAGGCCGACCAAGAAUCCAUCGAAGCCGACCGUGCCAAACUCGACGAGCUCCGUAAGCAGCUCGACGACCCCGAAUUCAAGGCAAUCUCCGACCGGUACGACACUAUCAAGGCCGAGCUCGACGAGAUCAAGAAGGUCGACGACGAGGCGUAUGCGAAUCGGUCCAAGCUCUUCGCUGAGCGCGACGAGCUGCAGGCCCAGAUCAACGCGCUCUACAACCAGAAGCGCGAGUCCUCGCGUCUCUAUCGCGAGGCGAACGACCGCUACUGGACCAAGGUUAACGAGGACCGUGCUCGUCGCGCCGAGAGGGCACGCGCACAACGUGCAGCAGACGAGCUCGCCAAGAAGCAGGAGACCGCGCGCCGGUUGCGCGAGGAGGCUGAGAUCCCUGCGUUCCAGGCCGAGAUCGAGGACUGCCAGACGCUCAUCGACUACUUCUCUGGCAAGAGCGGCAGCGCGGCACCCGAGCUCAAGACCGCCCAACCGAAGGAUGCACCGGAGGUCGCGGGCGUGCCCAAGCUCGAGAUUCGGAAGGUCGAGAGCGCACCCGAGGGCGCGAUCGUGCGGAAGAAGAAGGGCGAGGAGGAGGCGGACUACUUCGUCGCCGGCAAGAAGAAGGGCAAGAAGCAGCCGCGCGAGCAGCCCAAGGAGAAGGCGCCGCCUGCCGACACCGACAAACUGCAUGUGCCCUUCGCGACGCUCUCUGCGCUGCUCGCCCUCUCGAUCCCGCCGCCCGCGAACCACGGCGAUGUCCCGCGCGUCAUCGAGGACCUCGGCACGAAGAAGGCGUGGUUUGAGGCGAACCAGAAGCGCGUGACGGCUGAGAACGUCGCGCGCGCGGAGGCGGAGAUCAAGCGCCUUACGGGCAAGGCGGAGGAGGCCAAGGCCGACGCUGACCUCGAGGAAGACCCGAACACCGUCCUCCCGCCCAACGGUGGCGGCGAGCGCCCGCCAGAACUCCCGCCGACGCCGCAGGUCGACGACAUCAAAUCGUUGCCCGUGCCAAGCGAGGCGGUGGAUCAGGAGCUUGAGGCCGUGGCGGAGGCUGAGGGCACUGCGUCCUCAUAAAAAAUAAGCGGGUGCUUGAGCACCUCAGGCAGUUGUGGUGAACAAUGGGGGGCUGUUGGAUCUGUCGUAUAAAGUCUAUCUAUCCUACAUAAUACCACGCACGCUUUUCACCGCGGCUCUAACAACCUGGGGUGAUGCGUUGCUACUGUUUCUCGUCUGGUUUGCCUGAAUUCCCAAACUUCCAGAAGCGAAGGCGUGC